AAUUGCGCUAUGAUAUGAUAUCGUGGAUUAAUUGGUAAAAUGGCACCGUAGAAGGAGUCUGAUAGGUCACAACUUUUUGGUGGUGGAGACCGACGCCGGAGGCGAUGCCAUUUUUGGAUCAACUAAAUAUCUCCAUCGUUGACCCAUCUCUCUCAAUUACUCCAAACAAGUGACUAAAACCUCAAUCCUCUCGGUGACCUGGCUCAAGUUUUGAUUUGAGUGCUUCUGGACGUCUUUUGCAUACUUUGAAGUUGAAGUUAUUGGGAUGGCAUCUAGGCGGAAAAUUAAUUACACACGUCUUGCUGAUGAAGACAACGACUAUAUAGGCAAAGAAGGAUAUGACCCUCGGUUUGACUACUCACCAGCAACCUUGGAUGAAGUCCCAUGGAAAUCCAUUGCCCUUGCACUUUUUCUGCUCUUCCUUGGAUGUGGGCUUCUCCUCCUCUCGUUCUUCAUCUUCACAGGUCACAUGGGUGGAGACAGAUCCCAAGCAUAUGGCCUAUUAGGACUUGGGGUUCUCACCUUCCUCCCGGGCUUCUAUGAGACGCGGAUCGCUUAUUAUUCAUGGAGGGGUGCACAAGGCUACCGAUAUGCAGCCAUCCCUGGUUAUUAAGGAUUAUACCUCUUCCUGGUGUUCGGUUGUAUAUUCAGGGUGUAACAUACAUACAAUUACAUACAUCAAUUCCUGUUAUGUAGAUCGAGAUUCUUUUCUUUAUAUUUGUGUUUUGAAAAUGAAUAUUUACCAGUGUAGAAAAAUACUUGGUUCGGGUUUUCGGUUUUCUGUUUGUUAGUUGAUCAUCAACUUGCUUGACUUGAGGUUCUUUGAUC